GAGAAUCGCACGCUAUGAAUACGAAAGUUAUGUCACAUUUUUCACAGCCAAAGACGUCUUGCGUCGUCAACAACGGGUUUUAUGCAGAUAUCUACAACUCGUCACAAUGGUGUCGUGUGAUUGGUUCAAGUUAAUGCUCUCUAUUCCUCCGCAAGAGCCCAUGACGAGAGCAGCUGUGUUUGUCCAGUGGUCCUCUAUGGUCGCUUACAACUUACUUGGUCUGACAAUAUUAGCUGUCCCACAAAUAUGGAAGGGAUUCUUGCAGCUGGAAUUCAGUGGUCGUACAGAGGGGUAUUUUCGACUCCAAGCGGUAGCGCAGUUCGAACUUGGCUUUUUGUAUAUCAUUUUUGCUCGCAGCAAGUUUGAUGUGCCAGGUGGAAUACCAAUCCGUGGUCCUGUCCUGAGUAAGAUCGUGUUUGUAGCUGGCUUUAUGGUACCCCAGUGUCUGAGUGGAUCACUUCCACUGGCCUACACUAUCUUUUACUUGAGCCUUGACACACUGAUCGCUCUCUGUACGUUCGUUAUCUGGUACUGUGAAACGGAAAACGCAUCAGUCAUACAACUCGCUAAAGAUAUGAUGAGGUUAAUGCUAAGUGGCCUGCCUCGUCGAAAAUCCUCAGUUGUUGUCGUGAUUUGUGGAGCUAUACAGGUCCCUGUCGGUCUCACUUUCGUUAUCAAGCCGAGCUACAUCCAUAACUUGCUGGAACUGGAUCCGUUCCAGGGCCACGCGGUUGGUCUGCUGUCAGCCUAUUUUUUCGUCCUGUUCGUACAUGGCACCCUGAGCAUACUGGGCGGGACAGCGGAUGGGGUGUCCUUCAACAUCGCAUGCGCGUUCUACCGUUUGGCCAUUGGAAUACCGUUGCUGAUAAUCCUUGCAGUCACGGGUCAGAUUGAAGUUUACUUGAGCGUGUUUGCGGCAUCGCUAGAUUUGAUCUUUGCUGUUGUCAUAUUAAUUUCGUUAUGGUUUGAAGGAAAGCUAGAAACAGUUUCACCAGGAAAAUACAACUAAGACCCGAGCCAUUACGGUAAACUUCGUGUUCACUGUAGGGAAAUUAAGCAUAACCACAAGAAGUUUACGCAGACGUAGUGAUGUGAAUAUCAUAAAGUCAGUUGGUAGGAGUUAAUCUUCAUAAUUUAUAGCGUCAAAGAACGAGGGCUUUAGGAAAGGUCCACUGGAAUGUAGUGAGCCCGUUUUUGUGGACCGACCAUAGCAAUCAAGAGUGAUAAAAAAGUUUGUACUAACUACUGUAACUCAAUAGUCAAUAAAUUAAAAGCUAAGAAAAUUUGACGGCGGUUCAGUACUCUUUCAAGGUAAAUCUAUUCAAUCUAUGAGAUAUAUUUUACGCUUCUUAAUUCCUUUCUAAAGAUACUUCUCAAU